CCGGUUCUGUUCCGGAGGUCCCGGAGCGGACCCGGUUGGGGCGCAGCGAAGCGAGGCCGGGCGCGGUCGGGUCCGGCGCGGUUCUCACGGCGCUUCUCUCCGCAGGCCGUCAUGACCAAGCUGGGACAGUGGCUGUGCGGACUCGCCCUGCUGGGCUCGGCCUGGGCCGCGCUGGCACUGGCGCCGCCGGGGCUGCGGCUGCCGGCCCCGUUCCGGCAGGCCCUCCUGCCGCUGCCGCUCUACCUGCUGGUGGCCUUUGGUUGCUACUCCCUGGCCACCGUGGGCUAUCGCCUGGCCACCUUCAACGACUGCGAAGAGGCAGCCGUCGAGCUGCAGGAGCACAUCAGUGCGGCACGGACAGACCUGCGCCGACGAGGGCUGCGCUUCUGACCCCAAUAAAGCUGCGGG